AUGACAGAACAAGACCACGAGCUCCAGGAUUUGGGGUGGUUCAGGAAGUUACGGUCUUACGUAACAAUCGAACCGGUUAUAGUGUUUUAUAUUUUUGGAGUCGUUUCGUCUACCGGACUUAAAGUAUUCGAGUAUGAAAAAGCAUGUGCAACGAAGCUGGACGUAGAUCUCGCAGUUUGUGAGUUCUUUCCACAACUAGAAGACAACAAUUUGUGUGAUGAUGUAGCCACCGAAGAAAUGACCAACUCGUCUUCAGCGCAAAUGCUGUCCGCGAUCGCGAACUUUACAACCGCCUCAGACCCGCAUUUCAGUAAAACGGUUUGUUCGGCGAAAGAAAAGUCUAUCAACGAGGUGGCGUUCCUCAAUUCGUACAGAAGUAUCAUCACUGGACUGGUUCAAGCGGUGGUGCUGCUUUUUGCGGGCAGCUGGAGUGAUCGAGUAGGGCUACGAAAGCCAUGCAUAUUGAUUCCGAUUGCGGCGGAUGUUGCCAAUUUCUGUGUUCUCAUCCUUUGCGCCACCUUCAUGCGCGAAAUAUCACUUGAGGUGACGGGCAUCCUGCCGAAUCUGCUCACCUCGCUCAGCGGGGGCACCCCCCUCGUGGUCACCGGCAUGUACAGCUACCUCACAGUUUGCACCUCGGAAAAGAAUCGUACCUUCCGGUUCGCUUGCGCUGCCGUCGUCAUCGCCACCAUCCCGAUUGGGGCCAACUUUUUCAGCGGUUUCCUAUUUAAAUCGUUGGGAUUUGUGAAGCUUUGCUUGCUAUGCAUCGUUACGGAUUCAAUUGGACUCAUGUACGGAUUUUUCAUCCUGAAGGAACCCACUGAAAUUUCAGACAACUCCACAGUUCAAGAGAAAGAGUCACGCUCGAAUCAAAAUGGAGGCACACUGAACGAAUCUUGGCGCAAACUGUUCGAUUUCACCCUGGUCAUCGAUUGCAUUCAAGUUUUGACGAGAAAACGCAACUUCAACCUGCGACUCAUCGUGAUACUGACCGUCGUGGUGUAUUUCAUCAACUAUGGAUCUCUGGGGGACGCGGAAUCGGCGGCGAUCCUGGCCUAUCUCCGCUUCAACUGGAUCACCAACCUUGGCACGUGGAUUUCGUACGAUCUGGCAACGACGCUGCUGGGAACACUGCUGGCCAUGGGAGUGCUGAGCAAACGGUUCGGAGUGUCCGAUUUUCUCAUCUGUGUGUUUUCGGUGUGCUUCACGCUGGUUGGGAAGCCAAUUAUGGCUUACGCAGUCAGCGCAGUAAAACCUCACCUCUACUAUGUGGCCACAUCGAUUGAUGUGUUUGAGGGUAGCAAAACGGUGGCCAUUCGCAGUAUAGUUUCCAAACUGGUGGAGCAGCAUGAAAUUGGCAAAAUGCUCGCCAUCAUUGGGAUUGUCGACUCAAUGCAGGUGGUAAUUUAUCCCACCUUGUACAGUACAGUGUACCUGAAAACGCAAGACUUUUUCCUCGGGUCAGUGUUUCUGCUGAGUGAGGCAUUUCUCCUAGUGUCGUUGGGUUUCUACAUUACGUUAUACUUUUUGGUAAAAGAAUCCAACAGGAGGAAAGCAGCUGAAAUGACGAAACAAAAUGAAAAGGAGGGCAUUGAUAAUCCUGCCAUGGAAAUUACAUCGCUGUGA